AAAAACACCAUCUCCGCAGCUCACGACAGCCCGUCAAUUUCGCGUGCGAAAAUCCCUCUCCGAUUCUAAGACAUUCUGGAGUUUUCGAAAGAAAGAUAAACCCAAAUCUCUCCCUCCUUCGAGAAAACCGAUUCGCUUCCCUCAUUCCUUUCGUGAAAUUCAGGAUUCGCCACUUCCGUAUCGUUUUGGAUUCAGUUGCUAUUACGGUCUCGUUUCGGAUUACAAUCCUUUAUUCUUUUCGAUUCUAGAGGUUUCCAUUUCAAUCUUUAUUUCUGAUUUUUAUUAAUUUCACAAUUGAAAAUUUAAUGAAUCUUCGUCAUUCUUACCCUUCGAAUACAGAGUUUUUAGAUCUUGUUCGACAUUUUUCAAGAUUUAAUGAAUUCAAUGGUUAGAGAUUUUUAAUUUUAGUCAUGUUUUUUUUUGUAAUUAAUCUCUAUAUAUACUUAGUUAUUGAAAAUUUCAAUGAAGAAAGGGAAUAUUUCUAAAUUUAGUUUUCUUCUACAUAUGUGAAAAUCUAAUAUUUAUUUUUAGUAGCAAGAAAUUCAAUUUAAAAACCUUGUUUUUUUCCGAGUUGCAUUGAAUUUGCAUCCCUCUCCAUUUUUUUAAAAAAUAUAUAUAUUUGAGAUCCGGAAAUGGCAGAUCCAUCCAACCCAAAACCAAAACCAAUUCUGCAAAAACCGCCGGGCUACAAGGACCCGAACAAGCCCCUUAUAUCAAAACCGCCUACCCGAAAAGCGCCCAUCCAUCCGGCUUACCAUCAGAAACAGAAACGGAAGAGCUGCUGCUGUUGCUGCUGCUGCUUCAUGUUCAUCUUCAUACUCUUACUUAUCAUCAUCGUCGCCAUUGCAGGCGGCCUCUUCUACCUUUGGUUCAAGCCCAAGCUGCCAUCCUUCCAGCUCCAAUCUCUGGAAACGCCAAAAUUCAAGGUCGACGUUAGACCUGACGGGACGUUCCUGGAUUCACAGACGGUGAUCCGGGUUCAGGCCAGGAACCCGAACAGCAAGAUCGGGUUCUCGUACGGUAAGACCCAGGUUCGGAUAUCGGCUGUGGGUGUCGACGGUGUGGGAUUAGGUUCGGGAUCUUUGGCUGGUUUCGAGCAAGGGACAAGGAAUGUCACGGUGCUCAAGUUCUCGACGGCUGUGAAAAACCAGCUGAUUGAAGAUGGCGCGGGGAAGAGAUUGAAGGCUCGGUACCAAAGCAAGCAGCUUGCUUUUGACGUGGAGGUUCGGACUAGGUUCGGGCUCAGGCUCUGGGGUUGGGAGACUGAGAAGCUUGGUGUUAGGGUUUUGUGCGAGGACGUGAGGAUGAGGAAGUCGACUGGAGGUGCCUCGCCCAAAUGCAAGAUCAACACUCUCAAGUGCAGCAUUUGGAGAUAUGGUCCAACGAGAGGCUUCUGAUGAACCCACACGUUUGUAGGAGCCCGUUCUAUCUAAUUCAAGCAACGUUCCAAAUGACACAUUACGUGAGAGAUCCGACCAUUCCUUGAGGUGGCCCCUUUGUUUCGAUUUUUUGAUGGACCACAGCUUAGGAUACAAGCAGAUUGGCCCACCCCAACUCCGAGAACCGCAUUUGGCCAGAAGAUCAAAUCGGUGAGCUCUGUUUUGGUAGAUAGGCAGGGCUCUUCCUGUUUCUGGUCUGAGCAAACCUUUCUUCUUAAAAUACACUAAUUUGCUGCUUAUUUGGGAAAUAACAAUUAUUAAAAACCCCCCAUUGAGUGCAAGGACAACGUUACAACCGUUGAUCCGACUGUCGGCAAGUGGUGGUCCCAUGCUUGAACGGUUGUCGUUUGCGCCCAUAGCACUUGACAGCGGUCGGAUCAAGACCGGCAGGUGGUACAUGCUUUUCAAAUUGGAACCUUUUCUUUAAAAAAUAAUACAGAAAUACCUACCUUUUUCCUUUUAAUGCGGAGAAUUUUGGUUGCUCAGUGCUAUCAUGCUGUUGUGGUGUCAUUUAUUACUUGUACU